ACAUAUAAAAGUAGCAGGAUUUUUGCUCACUGCAGUUCGAAAAAAUGUUCCAAGCAAUUAUAACUGUUUGUCUCGUGCUGGCAACCACUGCGUCUCCUUUCAACGGACGCAUAGUCAACGGUACAGACGCCAAACCUGGCGAAAUCCCACAAAUCGUGUCUCUCAGAGUUGCCGAUAGUCACAGCUGCGGUGCCACAAUUUUAAACGAAAAGUACCUGCUAACAGCGGCUCACUGCGUACAAUAUCCGAUUCGUUAUUACACCGUCCAGUAUGGUCUCACCCACAUCAUUCGUGGCGCAGACGCCCCUAAUGUAAUUAACGUCACCAGACUCAUCCCACACGAGAACUACACCCCCGGGAAUGGGUACAUCAACGACGUCGCUAUAGUAGAGCUCGAACAAAAACUAACUUUCGAUUCAAACGCACAACCAGUACGACUACCCAAAGCUUUUAAUAGUACUCCGGAAAACUCCCUCGCCAUGCUUUCAGGAUGGGGUUAUCCAUACUCCGGAGGGUUUGUGAUUGAAGAUUUACAAAAAGUUUACAUUUAUGUUUAUCCUGACGACGACUGCGAAAGGAUUCACGCACAGACAGGACCCACGAACAGGACUUGUCAUAUUUGCGCCGGGGUACCUCAAGGCGGUAAAGGCCAAUGUAGUGGGGAUUCCGGUGGUCCUUUGAUGGUUGAUGGUGUCCAGGUUGGUAUUGUGUCAUGGUCGGUGAAGCCCUGCACGGUGAAGGGGUAUCCCGGAGUUUUUACCAAAGUUUCUACUUAUAUUGACUGGAUAAGGGAAAAAAUAGGUUUAGAGUAAUUUUAAGUGUAUAAGGAUGUAUUUAAGACGAACUAUUGUAAAUAAAAUAGCAAGCAACAA